UGGCAGGGCACCGCAGUGACAGCAGGGCCCGGAAAGGCACCGCGAGGUUAGUCACGAUGGGGAACUGGAGGUCGUGACGGGGCAGGGGACGACCUGCCCCGACAGUUCGGGACUGGUGGAGCCCCUGUGGGUCCCCCCGGCCCCUCGGACCCUGGCCUUGCUGUGGGGAGCUGCCCUGUGUCCUCCUCUCCUGACACGUCCGCUCUUUACCUGCCCCACUGCGAGGGUCUGUGGAAUUACUCGUGUCAGGACAGACGGACAGCAGCUGUGUCUGUCCCAGUUACGGACAAAUUCACAGAGAGCAUGUACGUCCUGGCCAACGAGCCCUCCGUGGCACUGUACCGGCUGCAGGAGCACGUGCGGAGAUCCCUUCCAGAGCUUGCACAGCACAAGUCCGACAUGCAGAGCUGGGAGGAGCAAAGCCAAGGAGCCAUCUACACAGUGGAGUAUGCCUGCAGUGCCAUAAAGAACAUGACUGACAGCAGCGUGUACUUCAAGAGCAUUGACAGCCUGCUCAAACACGCCAUAGCCAUGAAGGAUCAGCUGAAUGCUGCUCAGGGCCGCAGCACUGUUGCCCCACAAGCCAAGAAUCCUCCAGCCAGUUCCUGAUUUCUGACAAGACUGGCCGUCCUCUGCUGCCUUCUCCAGCCCAGCUCUAUGUUCUUCAGCCAUGGGGAGGAGUGAGAAACCAUCUGCUCAAUCUGUGAAGCUGCACAGAGGCCUCUGCCUGCCUCUCCGUUCCCAGUAACAAGGUGCUGCACCUGAGCAGGCAAAUCCUGCCACUGGGGUCAGGACUGCCUUUGGGGGUUGCUUUGGGGAGCAGUUGUCCCUUUCCACAGCACUCUGCAAAAGAGAAAUUGGGUGGUUCUGCAUUUGUCCUUUCCAGUUCUUUUUGAUGGCACACUGCUAUGAGGCAUUUUUCUCUCUACCUCUUGGCCACAGAAAUAUCUCAGAAAAACUAGGUCUUGCUUUCAGUAUUUUGUAGAUGACUGUGUAAAGAUGUAAUGUAGGCACACUUCAGCUUUGUUCAGGAGGCAUUCUGCAAGGAGAGCUUUUUAUGUGUGUGCCAGGGAGUUGCUGAAUUUGGUUUUAGUGAGAACAAUAAUAAAAAGGAAAAACAAGAAA